AUUAACAAGAAUGACAUGAAACCACUUUCACCAGAACAAACCCUCUCUCUCUCUCUCUCUAUCUCUCUCCAACCCUCAUCACCCUGAACGAGGCAACCAAGCGUCUCCAUCCAUCUAUCUUUUCCCUUUCACUCUUUAAUAAUUAAAACCUCUCCCACCAACAAAUGGACGACGCAACAACAACACCUCAUCACCCUCCCCAAGAAAUCACCAAACCCACCGCCACCGCCGCCAUCACCACCACUCCCAGCGAAACAUCUAACAGUGAAAACAGCAACAGCAGUCACAAUAACAAUAUCACCACCCCCAACACCAGCACCACCAUUAAUAACCGUAAGUGCAAAGGCAAAGGUGGACCUGACAACAACAAAUUCAGAUACCGUGGCGUGAGGCAACGCAGCUGGGGAAAAUGGGUUGCUGAGAUCCGUGAGCCGAGAAAGCGGACGCGUAAGUGGCUUGGGACGUUCUCCACCGCCGAAGACGCCGCCAGAGCGUAUGACCGCGCCGCCAUUAUCCUCUAUGGUUCUAGGGCUCAGCUGAACCUCCAACCUUCUCCUACCUCAUCUUCCUCUCAAUCUUCAUCCUCCUCCUCACGCGCCUCUUCGUCUUCAUCGUCAACUCAAACGCUCCGUCCUCUCCUCCCUCGCCCUUCCGGCUACGGCUUUAGCUUUUCCGGUUCUCAUCUUCCGGUGGUUUUCAGCGCCGCCGCCUCCGGACCGUUCGGGUUUUAUAACGCCAAUAAUGGUUACAUGCAACUGCAGCCGCAACAGCACCACUUCCAUCAUCAGGAAGUGGUGCAAUCGCAACUACAACCGCAAUUGCAACAGUGUCGACAACCUGAACCUGAUGUGAAAGGUGGUGGGGUUGUUGAUCAUGUCAGAUCAACCUCGUACCAGAAUCAACAUAGCCACCAUCAUCAGGAUCAGGUUGUUAUGCAAAACUAUCCUGUGUUGAAUCAUCAGCAGCAUAAUCAGAAUUGCAUGGGUGAGGGAGUGAGUGAUAACACUUUGGUGGGGCCGAGCUUGGCUUCUCAGAACUUCGUUCAUAUCGAUGCUGCACCAAUGGAUCCGGAUCCGGGUUCGGGUAUCGGUUCUCCAUCUAUAUGGCCUUUGACAAGUACUGAGUUGGAAGAUUAUAAUCCGGUUUGCCUCUGGGAUUACAAUGACCCUUUCUUCCUUGAUUUUUAAUGAUGCAUGUUUGGAAACCCUUCUACAAUUGAUCUAAAAGUAAAAUCAAUUUUGGGCAAAAUUAAUUGUGAGAAGCUGGUUUCUAGCGGUCUGAUGAUUCGAACAUGCAUGCAAUAAGUUGCGCUUGCUUGAUUAAGUUUUUGUUAAUUAUUUCCAUGUUAUUUCGAUUGGUUUGAAUUUGAUUAGUAUA